GUAAAAGAGGCAGGAGGCAGCCCAUCGCUCCAUCUCACUGCGGGGGCAUCCAACCUUGUUUAUCUUCCCCAAAUUUCUUCUCCCCGGCCCCCUCCCUUGGUCGAACCCUCCAAGGAGACAAACCGGGAAGCCGCCCAGCCCCAAAUCCUUCCCCUUCUCUGGUUCCCUCCCUCCCGUUCGCUGGCCGCGGCCGCCGACUGCUCUUCUUCUAGGCGCUGCAAGGAUAAUCAAUUAAUCAUGGCCAAAAAUAAAAGAAAGCAUGUGCAAACAAUGCAUUCUUUUUUUCAGAAGAAAGGAAGAGUUGAAGGCUCAGAACAGAAUAACUUGGUUGAUCCUCACUUGGUGGAUGAACAAGAAGACUCACUACAAGAAAUUCGAGUUCCGAUGUCAACAACGCCACCUUAGGUUCAGAUAGAGAGUGGGAGAGGCAAUGAUGAAUCCGCUGCUGUUUUGGUAGUAGAAAGGGAACCGGGCAUCCGGUGCCAAAUUCGGGAUUAUCCUCCUAAUAAUCAAGAACAAGCACGUACAGCAUAUAUGAAGCACGGGGCGUAUCAUUUUAAAAUGGACGAGUAUCCUCCUGAUGAUGCAGCAGUCCAUCCACGUAGGUUUCAGUAUCAUUGGUUUAAGGACUUCCCUUGGUUAGAAUAUUCGCCAGAGAAAGAUGCAGUCUAUUGUUUUCCAUGCUUUUUGUUUUGUAAUAAGCCACUUGGGAAGAAAGGGUCUGAUGUGUUUAUAGUGCAAGGUUUCAGAAAGCGGAAGAGAGUAAAUAAUGGUCAGAAAUGUGCUUUCUUAACUCACAUGGGAAAGAUAGUAAAUCUGCUCAUAGUUAUGCUGUGAAAUGCCAUGAUAAUUUCAAGGACAAGCCAUGUCAAAUAGAGCAGUUAAUGGUGAAGCAAACCGACGAGGAUAUCAAGAAGAAUAGGUUGCGACUGAGAGUAACAAUUGAUGCACUACGGUGGUUAGCAUUCCAAGCUUGCCCCUUUCAAGGACAUGAUGAAACUCUUGAUUCAACAAACCAUGGCAAUUUUCUUGAAAUGGAUAAAUUGGUAGCUUCUUAUGAUGAGGAAAUUGGUGCAGUUGUAUUGGGUAAUGCUCCUGGGAAUGCAAAGUAUACCUCGCAUCCAAUUCAAACAGAAAUUCUGCACAUAAUUGCUUCCAAUGUGCAAAGGGAAAUUCGUAAAGAAAUUGGUGAUGCUAAGUUUUGCUUGCUUGUUGAUGAGUCAAGAGAUGAAGCAAAAAGGGAGCAAAUGGCAGUGGUUAUUCGUUUUGUUGAUAAACCCGGUUUCACUCAGGAGCGUUUUCUUGAUAUUGUUCAUGUCGCAGAUACAUCCUCGGCUACUCUAAAACAAGAGUUAUCUUCUGUUUUGGCUCAAUAUCAGUUAGAUGUGCACAAUAUCUGUGGACAAGGAUACGAUGGUGCUAGUAACAUGCGUGGGGGGUGGAACGGACUACAAGACAAGUUCAUGGAAGAGUGUCCCUAUGCAUAUUACAUCCAUUGUUUUGCUCAUCAAUUGCAGCUUGCUCUAGUUGCUGCAUCUAAAGAAGUAGCUGAUGUGCACAACUUUUUUGACCAUCUUGCUCUUGCUGUCAAUACUGUUGUGUCUUCUAGUACGAGAAGUGAUGAGCUACAUGCUAAUCAAGUUGCUGAAAUGGAGCGUCUGAUUGAGCUAAGUGAGCUUGAAACUGGAAGUGGGGCUAAUCAAGUUGGCACUUUACCGCGGCCUUGUGACACUAGGUGGAGUUCUCACUAUGCUUCUGUUUGCAGCCUUUUGAAAUUAUACAGACCUACAUUUUUGGUACUUAAAAGCAUUGCUACUGCCAAAGGGUCAGGUAGUUCACCUACAGCACGAGCAAAGGCCUAUGGUGCUGUUAAGCUAAUGAUGUCGUUUGACUUCAUAUUUAUUUUGCAUGUCAUGAAAGAACUUAUGGGGAUCACAGACAUGCUAUGCAAAAAGUUGCAAAAGAAAUCUCAAGAUAUUGUAAAUGCCAUGGAUGAUGUUAAGACUACAAAAAUAUUGAUUCAGGAGCUCAGAGAUAAUGGUUGGAGCAAGCUUAAAGCUGAUGUGCUUUCUUUUUGGGAAACACGGAGUUAAAAUACUAGAUUUCAGCGAGUUCUAUGUGGAUUUCAUUAAUUCUCGUGCAGAGGAUGAGACUACAGUGGAGCAUCAUUAUCGGUGUGAUGUUUUCAUGGUUGCCGUUGAUCAACAAGCACAUGAGUUGAAUUGCAGAUUCAACAAACAAGCAAUAGAGCUUCUCAUUUUGUCCACUUCGUUGGAUCCUAAGAAUGCAUUCACUUCAUUUAACAUUGAUAAUAUAUGUUCUCUAGCUUCAAAAUUCUAUCCUGCUGAUUUUGAAGAACAAGAAAGAAAUAAUCUGAGAUGUCAGUUACGGCAUUAUGAGAAUGAUAUACUCACAAACCCGAAGUUUCAGAAUUUGACAACGAUAUCUGAACUUUGUCAACAGCUUGCAGCAACUGGGAAAUCAGAUGAAUACCACUUGAUUGACAGAUUGAUUCGACUUGUACUUACUUUACCGGUUUCAACUGCAACGACACAACGUGCAUUUUCUGCAAUGAAACUUGUGAAGACAAGGCUUCGGAAUAAAAUGGAAGAUGAAUUACUAAGGGAUUGCUUCGUAAUUUAUAUUGAAAAGGAGAUUGCAGUUGGAAUAUCAAUAGAUGCAGUUAUAUAUGAGUUCGAUGAAUCACCACGUCGAGUGCAAUUUAGUUGAAACAAGUUAGUUCCUCUGUAUUUCUAUUUUCUAGAUUUUUCUUCUGUGUGAUGUGCAAUUCAACAAUAUCCUUUUGUUAUGGAAAAUGAAUGGUGGUAUAAUCAAUGGAGAAAUAUUUUGCUAUUA